UCUAACAUGAGACUGCCGCUGCUGGUGUCCGCGGGCGUCCUGCUCCUGGCUCUCCUGCCCUGCCCGCCAUGCAGAGCCCUCCUCAUCCGGGGGCCUGUCCCAGGCGCCCGACAGGCCCCACAACUUCCCCAACCCCUAGAUUUCUUCCAGCCGCUGGGGCGGCAGGUCCUUCCAGUUCAGCCGGUCCCGCUCACCACGGGGGAAGAAUACUUCUUCCGCCAAGGUAACCUCAAUGAGAGCCCCGCUGCUCCCCUCUGGUCAGCCUCCUCGCCCCUCGCCCGCCGCAGCAGCAGCCACCUUUCCUCUCACAAGGCAGCCGCCAACUUUUUCCGCGCAUUGAGG